AUGGAGAACUUCAACAAAACUGUGGCUGAAUUCAUCUUGCUAGGUUUCUCCAUUGGGUAUGAAGAAGGCAUCUUUCUUGCCAUGGUCUUUCUAGCUAUGUAUGUCACAACCCUGGCUGGCAACAUGGUCAUCUUCUGCAUUGUGUUAGUAGAUGAUCAGCUCCAUACCCCUAUGUACUUUUUUCUGGGUAACUUCUCCAUAUUAGACAUAUUGUUUACCUCAGUUGUCAGUCCUCCGCUGCUGUGGAAUCUCCUUUCUGGUGACAAGUCCAUUUCUUUCUCAGCCUGCAUGGCCCAGAGCUACUUCUACUUCUUCUUGGGCACAGUGGAGUUUUUCCUUCUGACGUUUAUGUCUUAUGACCGCUAUGCUGCCAUAUGUAAGCCUCUGCAUUACCACACUAUCAUGAAUGAUCAGGUGUGUAUCAAGAUAUUGUUGGGUUCUUGGUUCUUUGGAUUCCUCUCUGUCCUCUGUCCAACCAUCAAAAUUAGCAGGUUGACCUACUGCAAGUCCAACAUCAUCAACCAUUUCUUCUGUGACUCUGGACCCCUGCUGGAACUUUCAUGCAGUGACACUAGUUUCAUUGAGCUGAUGGACUUCAUGCUGUCUUCUCUCGUCAUUCUUGGCUCCACCAUCAUGACUGCAAUUUCGUAUGCAUGCAUCCUGUCAACGAUCCUGCACAUCCCCACCAACACUGGCCGGAUGAAGGCUUUCAACACCUGUGCCUCACACCUCACCUUGAUAUCUCUCUCCUGUGGGAUCUCCAUCUUCACUUAUGUAACUCCAUCCCAGAAAGAGACGUUGGACGCUCACAAGGUGCCUGCUGUUCUGUCCACUAUUGUUUGUCCUUUCAUAAACCCAUUCCUCUUUACCCUGAAGAACAAUAAUUUCCAGGAGGCUCUGAGGAAGGUGUUUCAUCAGAUUUGGAAUUCUACGGUUCAAAAACUUAGGGUUCUCGGGAAAGGAAAUGCAUUGGUUCUGGGCAAAGAUUAG